AUGACGGUGGCGGGCCCCGGCCUUGGGAGCGCUGCUGUGCGUGUCCUGGCGGUGGGGCAAACGCUGUGGGAUCGGGGGGUGGAUGAUUUCCUGCAUUCAACGGAAGAGAACUUGGUGGAUUUUGGAUGGCGGGACACGGAGUUGGCGGUGGCGUGUGCGGGUAGGCAUGCUGCAGCCGAGAGCCAUGGGACUGCUGUUGGAGGGGUUCUGUGCCCAGGCUGUGACAGAGAAGGCGGUGCGCAUGAUCCUUUGUCUCAAUGCGAUCGACAUGGACUCCACUGUUUGCCUGAGCCAUGUGGCCUGCUGAAGGUGUGA